AUUUACAAAAUUUUUCAAAUUUCAAAAUCGUUUUAAAGUUAUCAUUUCUUGUGAUACAAUCUUGGUUUGACCAUAAGUUUUGCUUUAUUAGAAACAGCUCCUGCUUAUUAUGGAUAAAUGUACACUUUGUUUAUCUCCUACUACUUUUAUUGAGAUAGUAUUCAGCAAUACAUUUGAAGAGUUUGUUUAAAAAUUGCUGGUAUUCCUGAAUAUUUCACAAGAGGUCUAUAAAAUUGAUUUUUCAAAAAAGAUUAUUUUUUGCUAUUUUGAUAAAAAUAUAUGGUACCCAAUGACUGAUGAUGUUGAUUUUCAAAAUGCUAAGGCAAACUUUAAACUGCAAGAUCAUGAUUCAAGUUUAUAUUAAUGUUUUGGUUUCUACUGAGCCUAACAAAAGCAAUUUUCCUACUAAAUUUAUUGCUGAACUUUGUUUUAAAUCUCAUUUGGGUAUCGACAAGUCAUUCCUGGAAAAACUUAAUAAUUGCAUAAAGUCACAUGCAACAUCAUCUAAAGCUAAUGAAGAUAGUUUUCAACCUUAUUUGGUUGAUAUUAAUAAUCAACUACAUGAGUUAAAAACAGCUAAUAUAUUUGAAUACAAAUGCUUUUGUAUUUUGUUAAGAAAGUCAAAACGUUACUCUCUUUUUACCAUAGAUGAUGUCGAACUGAAUUUUACCUGGGCUUCAGGCCUUAAUGAAAAAGAAACAAGGUAUUUUAAUAUUUGGAAUGGUAUAAGCACCUCUGACCAAUUGACCAAAAAUAUUGAAGCGUGUGAAGAAAUCGAUGAUUUUGAAAAAAAAGUUGACGUCACAGUGACGAGCCUAAAAUAUUUAAGAAGGUUACUAGAACCAGAUAAUUGCUAUUGCGAGUCAACUAGACGGUUGAUUUUAAACAUACUUCUUCUGUCAGCUUUAAGAGUUGGAAAUGGUCCCUUUGAUUAUUUUGUUAUUGGAAAAAAACAAGCGUUUAUCGCAUUAGUUCUUGAUAAGCUUGUUGAAAGUUCAGAUUUGUCCAAUCAAAAUGAAGACGAAAUACUUCCAGCACCUACAGUAAUUAAAGCUAAAACUGAUAUUGACGUUUGUGAGUUACCAAACGCGCUUGGCCAUUUAAUAGCUCAAAUGAUUGACACAUUGAACAUCGUCUCGUCUAGAAAAAGAUCUCAUGACACGAUGUUGUGUGGAUCCAGCCAUGCUCUGGAAAUGGUCAAGGGGAUGCUCUCUACUGGACAUCAUAACUUGUUUUUCUCUUUGACUCAAGGAAAUAGUUCUGAAUCAAAACCAGUUCUUAAUUACUAUGGGAAACAUUUCAUAAACAUUUUAAAAAGAAAACCAGGAAGAAACAGUGGGUUAGAACAAUUUGAGGAAAUUAAAAAAUCAGAAAUUGAGCAUAUAUUACGUGCAAUAUUUUGUUUUGUAACACAUGAAUAUUAAUUUCAAAUAAAGUUACAUAUAUUUUUUUUUCAAAAACUUUUUACAAAUUCUUAAAGGAGCCAUAAAUGUUUUUUAUAUUUACUUUAGUUGAUAUUUUUCAAAAUAAAAAAUUACAAUGGAUUUUUCCAGGCCUUUGAAUAAUAAAAAAGAACCUAAUAUUACAAAAAGGUGUUCCAAAUAUGUGCCAUACUCAUAAUUUUGAAAAAAG